ACUCUUGCACACAUUUCUUGGCCAUAGAUGAUGUAUGUAGUGCCUUGUAACAUGAUGUAGUUUUUCCUUUGUUCUAUGUGCGACGCAACCACUAUAAUAACGUUAAAACAUGCCAGAUAAGCAAUAACUGUUUAUUUAAAGGAAAAAUACGGGAGGAUAAUGUACCAUUUGUGGUGAUGGUGAAUAGUUGCCUGGAGUCAUCCAUCCAACUGUCGAUUUUUUUUGUCAAACGUACUCCGCGUUGCCUUGACUUUGAACGACGUUCUUUCUUUGCCUCUGGAUAUUAUCUCGACCGACCAUGGUGAAAUUAGGGCUUUACUUGAAGGUUAAUCUCGAGAACGUUACUGAUCUCAAGCCAGUUCAUGAGUAUGAGUGGCACUUUAAGAUUCAGUGUGGAAGUUGCCGUGAAACAGACGAAAACUGGAUCUCAUUCAACCCCCAUGAUACCGUGGAUAUGCCUGGAUCCAGAGGAUCUGCUAAUUUGGUGAUGCGUUGCAAAUUUUGCAAGCGCGAGUCUAGUGCCCAGUUCGAAUGCGGCAUUCAAGCAUAUAGCGCGGAAAAGAAUAACGCAUUUCAAAAGAUUGCCUCGUUCGAUUGUCGAGGAUUAGAACUCGUCGACUUUUCACCAAGAGAUCCCUGGGUUGCUGAAGGUACUGAAUCUGGCACCAAGUUUGAAGAUAUCGAUUUGAGCGAAGGUGAAUGGGCCGAGUAUGAUGAAAAGUCAGGAGAACCUGUUGGCAUUGCCGAAAUCGAAGUCCAAUUCAAGAAGGAAAAAUAAUAAUACAGAAAUCAG